GGGUUAUUUAUUUUAUACGCUCAUUAUGUUACGAUUGUCAAUGGUUACAGGAUACAGAUUUUCUGUUCGAGCAAUACAAGAGGCAACAACAGACCCUAUAACUCCCAUGAAAGCGGAUAAUGGUGGGCGUGGGCAAUCUCCCCCUGAGUGGAAGGUUAAAAUGCUUUAUGAUGGUGAUUGUCCACUUUGCAUGCGUGAGGUUAACAUGCUAAAGGAAAGGAAUAAGAAAUACAAUUCAAUCAACUUUGUUGAUAUAAGUUCAGAUGAUUAUUCUCCGGAGGAUAAUCAAGGCCUCGACUACAAAACUGCUAUGGGAACGAUUCAUGCAAUCAUGUCUGAUGGAACUGUAGUCACUAGCGUUGAGGUAUGCUCUUCUUUUACCGAUAUGCUAUUAUUCCAAGUGUUGCUCAGCAUUGAUGUUUUCUCGUCUUAACUUUAUAGGACUUAGCUUUUUUAACGUAUCUUAUUUGCAGUCAUAAAAGAAAGAAAGUGGAUGAACCUACCCGUAUUGAAAUGAUAUUAUGUUGAUUCUCACUUAAGAGCAUCUCCAACAGAUUCUCCAAAAUGGAGAAAUGGAGAUUUUGGGCAAAAAAAAAUUUCCAACAGAUUCUAAAAAAAUGGAGAAAACAUGAGAAAGUGUGAAAUUCGCCAAAGUUGGAGAGCUCUCCAAAAAUGAAUACGAGAAACAAUUUUUUAUUAUAUUUUCACCAAUAAGAAA